AUGAGAUCACACGAGAUUUGUGAAGAGCAAAAAAAAUUCUUGACAGAUGACGAAGAUCCUCGUCCGACAAACUUCUUUAUGCAAUACCAUUACCGCAGUAAAGCGUCUGGUUGUCGUGAUUAUGUGUUACGAUUAAAUGAAGCAUUACAAGACGACCCACAUUCAGAAAAGUUAUUAAGUUUAAAAAGGAAAUGGGAGGCUAACGAAUAUAGUGACGACUGGGCGAGCUAUGAGGAUGAGAAACAUAACCGAAAAGCUGAUAAAAAAGUAAAGAAAACGAAACGUCAAGCACAUAUCUCCUUUCAUAGUCAGUUAGAUAAAAGACUUAAAUCUAACAGUCAGAAGGAGAGACGAACCGAUGAAAAUCAAACCAACAAUAGGCAAUCGACUGAAGAAGAUCAGGCGCGGGUUCAGUUUAAUAAUGAUGAUUUGGAUGUCGAUAACGAAGGUAACGAAGGAAACGACGAAAUUGAGGGCGCUAUCGAAACGAAUAUUAGUAACGUUCUAAGUUCGUUUAAAGAUUUUGUACCUGAGGAUAAAUCACUAAGUAUACUGGAAAAUUUGGAGAAUCGUUUGGCUACUACAUACAGGGUUGUUUCCCUCUUUGAUAGACAACUUCCGUACACGAAAGAACUUUACAAUACAUUCCCUGAUCAAAUGAGGACAUUGGAGAAUGAAUGGGGAAAGGUUGAAGCCAAUAUCCAAAAAACAAUCGAAGAAAGAUGGAAUGUAUCUAAAACAAAAGAACUUGUAGAUAAGUACUAUAAAAUAAUAGUAGAUCAUUUUGAUGAAUUAUUGGAUGUUGAUCACGAGAAGCUUAUUACGGUGUUCAGUAAACCUCCCUAUGAUGAUUUUUCUUAUAAGCGUGAUGAUGAAUUAAUUUGGUGUCAGAGAAUAUUUAUUGAUUUGACUCGACAAUUUCUACGCAACAGAAGUGCUCUAUUUGAUAAAGAAGCUUCUGAACUUCGCUAUCGCUCGGAAAUUGUGAACCCUUUGCUUGCGGGGGCAUUUGAAAUGAUUGAACGUUCUAUGUGGCUUGAGACCGGAGAAAUUGAGAACGAAAUACAAAAAGUGCAACGAAAUGAUACUAAGGAAGAUAAUGAGCGGUCAAAACUUGGAAUGAAACAUGACGGUGUGAUCAACAUGAUAAUACACGGAAAGAAAUAUCAAGUCGGAUUUCUUGAGGUUGUAGGCAAUGCCUUUAACAGUGACAUAACUGAUAGGAAUAUUGACUUGGUGAAAUUAUAUAAAGCAAUGUCAUUAUCAUUGUGGAAUCAACGUGCACAUCUCGAUAAUGAAACUUCGCAACAAUUAUCAACUUUUGCUGUAUUAGUCCAUGGGAAAAUUUUUAAUUUCUUAAGCAUGCAUUACAUUAAUAAUGAAUUUGUGGUUAAGAAUUACGAUGAUUUCAUAUUACCAACAACAAAUGAGUGCUUGACGAGAAUACCAAAAAUAAUAGAAACGAUUGCCAAAUUCAAGAUAAGGAUUAUGAUAUAUCAUCGGGAACAUAUGGCUAGCUUCCAUAAG